UGGGUGAAGGACCAAACCGAGAGCUCUUCAGUAGCGUCUUUUUCCGCUCAUCGGAUGGAGGCUUAUUCGAACACAUUCUCUCACACACACUUUCCCCAUUUUAGAGGUUGAGGUUUGCGCACGCGUGUGUGUGCGCACAAAAGAGGGGAGGAAAUGAAAGUGUAAAAUAUUAAAGUUGUGUAAGGAGUAGUUUCAGUCAGAGUCUUGUCUACACAGCAGUCAUGAGGUCGCUCGAUUGUCUUCCUUUCUGCCUGGUGUUGUUUCUGUUCUGCCUCACUGCAGAAACAAGUCAGCUUUCUUCACACUGCUGUUUGACGACAGGCAAAGAAAAACUACCUGCGAGAAGAGUGAUAGAUUAUACGGUCCAGAAAGCAGGAGUUUGCCCUAUCAAUGCAAUUGUUUUUUUGACCGUAAGAAGGAAAAUUAAGUGUGCUGAUUCAAACUCAGACUGGGUCAAAGAUGUCAUGAAAAAAGUGGACCAGAAAAAAGCCUUGUCAAGCCAAAAUGCCAAAAGACAGAAAAAAAAUAACAAAGGAAAGAGACGCAGACAGAAGAAUCAAAAGAAAAGUUCAUAAUUUGUUUUUGUUUGCUUUUGUAAUUUGACAUGUGCCAACUGACAUAAAACUAAAUUUAUAAGAUGUGAAAAUAAGUAUUCAAGAUAUUUGUAUUUUGAAUUUUUUUAUCAACAAUGUGUUUUUGUAUUAGACAUUUUUGUACUUAACUCAUGUAAUGUUGCACCAUGUAUAAGCUGUGCAAAUUUGAUUUUGGAAUUAUUAUUGAAUAAACUGAAAAAAUAUAAGGAAUUUGA